AUGCCGAGGCCACGGGCAUGUCUGCCCUCCUGGUUUCUUCUGGUCAUCUGCUUCAGCCAUUCUUUAGUCACGACUGUUGCUUUACAGCAAAACUUCAAGAGUGAGAUGUUCAAUUUCUAUCGCACAUUGAUGCUUGCAGAGGGCAAGGAAACAACACUCUUUCUCUCAAAAGAGGCGCCUAAAAGGUGCUAUUUUGUUCUAAAAGAAAGCAAAAUCUCUGCACUCUUCACAGUGAGAGUAACUCCGUGCGAUGUUCCCAUUGAGUGGAGUAUACGGGUCCCUAAGAUAUCAGCAAACUAUUUUGGAAAAACGAUUUCUGAUAAUUUGAACACUCAGGAAGCCCUCAGAUUCCAGAAGGCAGCAAAGAUGGUGUGGACUCUCUUUAGCUAUAGAGGCAAUUCUGUGGAGACCUAUACUGGAGCAUCUUACCACUCCACCAUCUACAUGCUUGAAUUCCUGUCCAUCGAGAAAGACACCCACAUUACAGUGUAUUUAACCACUGACCCCAAAUCCGAUCACUUUUAUCCUGAACUGCCAAUGGAUCCGCGCAUUGACGUCAUUGGCAUUGGCCCCACUGCAGUAACUCUUGCUUGGAAGCAGAGUCCAAGUGCCCUGCCAUCCCAAGGAAACAUUCAGUAUUGUCUCCUGGUGAACGAAAACUACAACUACAAGAGCUUAUGCGCAGCAGAAACAGCUACACGAGCUUCAGGGGUGAAAUUGCCUCCCACUUUGGUACUAUCUCCCUCCACAGAUAGCCUGACCCCUCUGCAACUGAAAGCAUUGUCCAAGAGUGAAUUAAGCAUGAGUAACAACGGUGGCGGUGCAGAGAUGAAGCAAGUAUGUGUGGGACUCAGGAGCACCUACACAGUGUCCCACCUGACUCCUGGUGUUCAGUACUAUUUUGAUGUUUUUGUAGUCAAUUUCCUCACAAACACCAGUGCUGCUUAUACCGGAACCUUCGCCCGUACUCUUGAAAAUCCUGAGCCCAAAGUGAGCAAACUGAAGGACGGGAAGGUGAUUCAGUUAAGACUAGACAGAAGGAAACAACCCUUCUACAAUUUGCUGUACCAGGCAAAGCAGAAGCGGGUCCAAUUUGCUUUUCAGUCCUGCAACGGGCAGCUCCAAGUGGAAAUAUCCAAGGAUGGGAAAGUGCUGAUGUCAGAGAGCUUUGCCGGCUUGAGGCAUUUCAUACUAAAAGGAAGGUUGGGGGACACCUACCUGGUGCAUCUCUGGUCCACUGAAUCUUCAGCUGCAUCCGUGAAGGUUCAAGUGUCCUCUCUCUUCCAUAAGCCUUUCUUCCCAGCUCUCCCAGAGAGUUUAAAAAUCAAGUCCUUCAACAAGCUGAGGAGCUGCAAUUCAGUCACCCUCGCCUGGCUUGGAACCCAGGAACUGAGCAAGUAUUGCAUCUACAAGAAAGUGAUUGGGGAGGACCAGGCCUGGAUGGAGACCAGGAAGGUCGAUAGGUGCUCUGGGCCGGAGUCGAGGCAGAAAAGUGAAAAAGUGCUCUGCAAAUUCUUCCACGACCUCAAUCUGCGGCGAGCUGUGUCCACCGAAACCAUCGGGGGCCUGGAAGCAGGGAUGGUCUAUUUGUUUGAUGUGUAUCUCAUUGGGUCCUCCGGGAUUCCAGUCCGCUAUUACAGCAGAGUUGUGAAGACAAGGAAGAGAUGUUGAGCAUCUUCAGACACAUAUU